UGUUAGCGUGUCAAAAGCUUUCUAUAUUACCAUGAAAAUUAUUAAAGUUAUCUGCUCUCUUAUGCCUAUUUAUAUUAAGUGGCCUAAUGCGGAAGAUUGCGAACAAAUUGCAAAUGAUUUUCAACAGCGUUGUAAUUAUCCAGGUAAGGACAUUUUUAAACCGCACAGCAAUCAGCGUAAUAUGUUGUUCCUAGAUGUGAUUGGUGCUAUUGACGGUUGCCACAUAACUUGUAAAAUACCCAAGGAGCAGCAUGACAGUUAUCAGGAUCGCAAGUUUUGCCAUUCCAUUACCCUUCAAGGAGUGUGUAUUUCCUCCAGAUUAUUUACUAAUAUUUCUGUUGGUUAUCCAGGAUCUGUGCAUGAUGCACGAAUACUUAGAGAAUCGGACUUGGGAAAAAUCUGUGAAACUAACUGUUUCAAUCUGUUUUACGGUAGAUACCACUUGGUGGGAGAUUCCGCAUAUCCAUUAAGGUCAUGGUUAAUAACUCCGUAUAGGAACACUGGAAUUAUGCCGCUGCAACGGAAACACAACUACGCACAUAGUGUGACACGGGUUGUAAUCGAAAAUACUUUCGGCAUGUUGAAAGGCCGUUGGAGGAUUUUAAAUUUUGUUAAUGUAUAUACCAUUGAAAAGGCUAUUGAUAUUAUAACCGCAUGUUGUAUACUGCAUAAUUUUUGCUUGUUAACUUGUGAUAUAUAUGAAGUAGAUGUCACAUCAAGUGAACAUGAUAGUUGUGAUACUUAUAUUGGCCGUAGAGAUCGUGAAGGGACUAGAAAACGCGAUUUGAUAUCACAAACUCUUUAAUUCCUUUGUAAAAAAAUUAUAAAUACUGAUUUUGCUUGAAUAGAUAUACAUAUAAAAAUAUAAACAAUUUUUUAAUCAUCAUCAUCGCUAUCACUAGAAUGUCUUCUUCUUUUUCUUGUAGUUUUUUUAACCAUUGAUUCAAAUAACGAAACUAUUGUG